CGCGUCAAGUGGUCUGAUAUCCCCUUGAGAGUACGGUGUAAUCGUAGAGGAGUAUUCGAUGAUGUACGGAGGAUUGUAGGGCGAAUGUGCUCCGGAGGGGAUGGCGAUGACAUCAUCUGGCAGCCCGCCGGAUGCCAAGACGGUCUAGGGCCCUUUUCGAUCACGGCACGUGGCUGCCGUGGAUGCCUGAGGCAGAAGAGCAGAGGCAAUCACGUGAUACAAAUGUCGGCGCCGGAGUAGCCGAUAAUCCGGGGGGCCCUGGCGAUGCUGCGGAAAGGACGAGUCUAAAGGGCAUCCAGCAAUAAUUCCAUCGCCGUGCUGGCAGUUUUUGGCUUUCACGUCCACCCAAACACUCCGUGUCGCGAUGGCCCGGAAGCUCCGAGCAGCUGCCCAGGCGGCCGCCCAGUCACUGAGAAAUGCCCCGCCGCCCCUUCCCGACGCCUCCGACGAGGAAAUGGCGGAAGCGCCCGUCUCCAAUGCGUCCUCCCCGGUCGUAGAGGAGGACCCCGGAGACGCGUCGGAAAAGGAGGACGGUCUUGAUGCCGAAGCGCAACCCGAACCGGUUCCGGAGGAAGAGACCGCGGCAACGCCCACCCAGGAGGAGUCGAACACCCCGUCGCGAGCAGACACGCCGACGCGCACCGGCGGUCGCCCCUCCGCGAUCCCGCGAAAACGACGCAUAGGCCGUCCGCCGAAGAACCGCCCGCCAGAAUGGGAUGCGCCCGAGGACGGAGCGCCACAGACCCCGAUCCACGUGAGCACGCCGGUGAAGAGGAGGCGAGGACGCCCGGCGGCGAGUGGAGGACGAUGGGCUCGAAACCGCGGGCCGUCCCACGUCACCCAAGUGCCAAUUGACAAGGAAGGAAACAUGAUGGACGUGAUCGACGACGAAGUGGCUCUUCCGGACGAUCCGGAGGGCGAGACCAAGGUUGACAAGAAUGGCGUUUUGAAGGGCGAUCGAGAGUACCGGGUUCGCACGUUUACCAUCCUCAACCGCGGCGAGAGAUACUACAUGCUGUCUACGGAGCCGGCUCGCUGCAUCGGUUUUAGGGACUCGUAUCUGUUUUUCCAGAAGCACAAGCUGCUCUACAAGAUUAUCAUCGAUGACGAGGCCAAGCGCGAUCUGAUCGAGCGCGAAAUCAUCCCUCAUUCCUACAAGGGUCGAGCUAUCGGUGUGGUGACCGCUCGGUCAGUGUUCAGAGAGUUCGGCGCCAAAAUCAUCGUGGGCGGGAAGAAGGUUUCCGACGACUACCAUGCUCAGGCAGCGCGGGAGCGCGGCGACGUUGAAGGCGAGCUUGCCGUUCCCGAGGACAAGCUUCCGGGGCCCGGCGAGCCGUAUAACAGGAACCAGUACGUCGCGUGGCACGGCGCGAGUAGUGUCUAUCACACGAGCGUGCCCUCGGUUCCUCUUCCCGUUGGGAAAGCGGUUGAUUCGAAGAAGCGAAAGAUUACGGUCACGGGAGACAAUUGGAUGCUUGAGCAUGCCCGUGAAGCCAGCAAUUACAAUGCUCUCAUCUCACAUGCUCGCCGUGCGAACCUGGAGGGAUACUACGACAUUCACACCAACGUUUUGCAAUAUCCCAAGAUCAUGCAGCCUACGCAUGCACGCUGGGAGCGUCUACCCCCUCCUGAUCCGCGGGUUGCGGCCAAACUCACCAAGGAAUUGUCGACCCUCAGCCUGACGAACGGCCGUGAUGAGAGUGACCCCCCUGUCGAAGUCUCGGCCGCUUCGAAGGAAACAACGCACGAGAAUAACGACAAUAACGAGGAGGAAGCUGGCAAGGAAUCGAUCUUCUCCGACAUCCCGCCUGCGCUCUCUCGCCGAUUCGCCAUCCAUGAUGUUCACUAUGAGACGCCGCCACAUUCCAACCUGGGGAUUCCCGGUCCUGACGGCGAUGUGCACGAUCUCGGCUCCAAUGGCUUCGUCAGCGUGGCCAACCCGUCGAACCCCGAAUUCCUGAGCCCCGAGAUCCUCGAGGAGCUGCCGGCCGAGUGCAAGGAAGCUCUUGUCGAGGCGGCCGCGCAGGAGUACGAAUGGAAGUCCAGAUGGUGCAGCGAAGCCACCGACGGGGCUCGGAGAGCACCGCUCAAGAGUUAUGCCUGGUUCCCUUAACGGCGCGAGGAACCCUUUAGACCUCAAAUGCGGUUGAACAGCCCUUACUCUUGUCUAUUCGUUCAAGCUUUCUUUUUUAAUAUGUUCCUUUUUAUUCGGGAUGGGCCGGAUUUUUCCCCUGGAUGAUGGUAUGAGAUAAAAACCCGGAGUUUAAGUGUGGUCUUUUCAUUUUUCAAUAUGUGGUGGUGUCAUUUCAACAAUUCAAUUUGGCUUUUAAUGUCGGGAUUAUUCCCUGUCUAUUGAGAUUCCGCUUUCUCUCUCGAGACCGCAUGGUCUAGGGUGGGAAUAGUUACUUUUUUCUUUGUCUAAUGGUGUUGCUGUAGAUUAGAUCUGGUAGAUAAGAUUUUCUU